UUGGAACAUACCUCUAUUUUCAUAACAUGGGGAAUUUCGCUUGAUGUUUUUUGCGUGUUUACGAUCUGCAGGGAAUACACGUUCGAUAACAUUGAUUAUGGACUCAUCCAAGAAACCUACAGCAAGUAAUCGCCAGCUGACAUGUUAUAUGUGCAUCUAAAUACUCACUGCUUCUACAAGAAGUCUCACGUUUGUUUUAGCCAGAUAUUUAUGACUAUGAGUUUGGUAAAAAAACAACACGGCGUCUUGGAAAAAAAUCACUUACAGUAUGCCACAGACACCACAUCAACAUUAUUAAUGAACGAAUGAAUCAUUAAUUUUGUGUGUUUGUUUUGCAUGACUGCAAACGGAUGUAAUUUAGACAGUGUCCAGUUUGUCUGUUAAAGCAGUGUUUUUCUGUGGCCCGUGAUUCUCGGGGCUGUCUGAAGGGAUGACUUCGUACAGUGUCACUUGCAAACUCGGCGAGGGGAGCUUUGCUAAAGUGUUUCAGCUGUGUUCAGUGGACAGGGACGAGGGACAAGAUUAUGCCUUGAAAGUGAUCGACAAAGAUCGCUUCUCCCACGAUGAACGAGACAAGUGCAUCCAGGAAGCCAAGCUGAUGAGGAAACUGAGGCAUGAGAAUGUCGUCGCCUGUUUUGAUGCCUUUGAGUAUGAGAACCACCUGGUCCUGGUGACAGAAUACUGCCCCCGGGGCGACAUGUACUGUUACCUUGGUGACUGCCGCGAUGCCAAACCUCAAGACCCUGUAUCAGAGAACAGGAUCUCCAGAUGGGUGCUGCAGAUUGCUAAAGCUUUGCAGUAUCUGCAUGAAAGGAAAAUUCUCCACCGAGACCUGAAGACAAAGAACAUCUUCCUGAUGGAUGACUUAACUGUGAAAAUAGGAGACCUCGGAAUUGCCAAACAGUUGGAUUUCACACUGGCCCAGGCCGAUACGUUCCUGGGAACGCCCUUGUACAUGAGCCCCGAGAUAUUCCAGUUCCAGCCCUACAGCUACAAGGCAGACAUCUGGAGCAUGGGCUGCUGUGUGUACGAGAUGAUGACGCUGCGCUUCGCGUUCGAGUCACCGUCGCAGCAGAAGAUGGUGCAGAGGAUCAUCAAGGGCAAGGCCCCGAGUGUUCCGGACAUGUACAGCGAGAGCCUGGGGAGGCUGGCUAACGGCAUGCUCAACAAGGACCCACAACUCCGACCCCAUGCUGCCGACAUCGUCAAACAACUACAGUCAAAUGAAGAGAGACCCAGCUCUGGGGACAUGAAGAUCUCACCACGGAGCAGACGCCGUCUGUCAAUAACAGCUCGCAGUGACAGCCGAGUAGACAUGCCCGACCUCACGCCAUCACUACGGUCAGACCGACACGCCAUCGUCGACUCUCUCAUGACGUUCUUCAGGCAGAACACAGCAACAGGUCUAGGAAACGGAUUUGAAAUUGGCGUUCUGUCCUCCACUAAAUCUGCUCUGUCUAGAACUGUCAAAACAAUAUGGACCCGUAGCCCUAGCCAGGAGGAGACAACUCAUUUUGUGAGAAAGUUUGGUACAGGGUUACAUAAUGGGGAGGAUCAUCAUAGUGAUGAUAUGGUGGACAAUAUUGGGUAUGGGGAGACGUCUGACUUUCAUGAUACUGUGAAGAAGAGUCCCAGGAAACUUGAUAAGACUGCCUCACAGAAAUCCAUGCUCAGAGACUAUUAUGAAGCUGUUGAAAUGUAUGACGAUAGUUUCCAUGACAACCAGCCUGACCCUGACGAGGUCAUUCAAUGGGCCAGGCAGAAUCUGGCAUCUUGUAAGGCAUCGGCUGAACCUCCUUCCAACAUGUCUACUGAUAAGGUCAAGUCAAGAGAACCAUCAGAUGCAAAAAUGAAGACGAGAAAGAAGAAGAAUUUCUUGAAAGCUGUCUCUGAGAAGAAGAAAACCUCGAUGUCAGAGAAGGAACCAUCUGCCCAAAGACAGAAGCCGCCACUACAGAAGACACUGUCUGUUGAUGGCCCAAAGACUGUUACUCUCUUCACUCGGAGUCAGAAAGUCGUCUUCAGGAAGGAAGAGUUCCUCGCAGGGGACGCUGACCCCAUGGAGAGAGAGUUGUCUAAAAGUCUGGACGGGGACACGGAUAUUGUGAAUAUAGGGAGUUUGUGCAAGUCGGACCUUGGCGAGGACAUGCUUAAACGAGCAAAGCAGCUGGUGGAAAUUGUGAAGGAUGAACGACUGCUCCAAGUCCAGCUGCAGGACCUGCUUGGUUGGCGAAACUACAAGAAAUUUGGAGCCUUUCUCAUCAGUGAAGGACGGACAUCAUAGGCAAGGAAUGUUGCUGUAGGUUAAUAUCUGGACAUUGUUGUCAUGGAAAUGACCUAUGCAGGGCGACAUACAGACAAGGUGGAUAUCCCAUGUUGAACAACAGAAGCUUGAUUCCUAGCUAACCCCAUGGCCAUUAUGGAGAGCAGUUGUGUCCAGUUAAAGGAUGAAGUGGAUGAGAGGAUGAUCAUGAUCAUGUUGCCAUGGAGAUGUGUGUCAAAUGUGAGAUGCAAGAUACAGUUUAACUUCACGGAAACCUUUUAUGGAGAUCGAUGUGUGUCAAAGUCAGGAAUGAAAUCAGAAGAAAUUCACAGGAUUUUGUGACUUUGAAGAUGAAACUGUGUCAACUGUUGAAACCUUUUAU